CGUCUCACAGCAGCUGAUCACUCAAAAUUUGCGCAAAAUUUCAAUUUUUCAACGAUUUCACAAUAUUUGUCAUUAAUUAAAACCUCAAAAGUAUCCAAAAAUGUCUGAAAUCGAGCUCACAGACGAACAAAAGAAACGAAUUGAAGAAAAUCGUCAAAAAGCACUCGAACGUCGUAAAGCCCGCGGCAAUCAUCCAUACAAAAAUGCAGUUGCUGUUUCGAAAGACAAUCGCAUCCAGAUGCACGGCUCCAAAUACAAAGACACCGGCGGCGGCUUUUUACUCGAAGACAAGGAAGAAGACGAGUCAGAAACGCUCUUUAAUGAUGUCGAAAUCGCACAUGAAAGUGAGGAACUUCCCUUGGAAUUUCGUGAAUGCAUGGAAUGUCACGCCGGCUUCCUCCAAUCGUACCUUUGGACCACUUUCGACUAUCCCGUGUGCGAUGGUUGUCGCGACAAUGAAGACAAACAUUCGUUAAUUACCCGAACGGAGGCCAAAAAUGAGUAUUUACUGAAAGAUUGCGACUUGGAUAAACGAGAACCGAUUCUAAAGUUCAUUUCGCGCAAAAAUCCGCACAAUCCGCGAUGGGGCGAGAUGAAGUUGUACCUGCAUGUGCAAAUUGAGAAGCGUGCGUUGGAAGUUUGGGGCACGGAAGACGCCUUGCUGGAGCAAAAAGAGCUCCGUUCGGGCAAACGGGAGCAAGCCAAGGUCAAAAAGUACGCAAAACAGAUGAAAGAGCUCCGGAUGCAAGUUCGAAGUAGUUUGUACGAUCGAACAACCAAAGCCUCUCACACUCACAAAUUCGGGCCGGAUCGAUAUAACGAAGAAGACGACACUUAUUCGCACGAUUGUGAAUGCGGAUACACCGAAACUUAUGAAAAAUUAUAAAAUUUCUUUAGCAAGCGUCUUUUUUUGUGAUAAAAUACAUGUAAAUCUCCUCAAAUCGUCUUAAAAUUUAAAAUCUCAGUGUUUUUGGUACACCCGUUCUCCCGCAAUGUAAGUUGCCAAAAC